AUCCACACGUAUUCGUACUUGUCGCGCAAUACGAGUCGGGUGUGUGCUCGGUCUGUGUGUGGGCUGGUAGUAAAAAGGUGUAGCAUAAGUUCAAUAUUGCUUAAUUAAUCAAUAUGCUCGAAUGUUGCUGAAAGCUGCACUAUACUUGCUUCGGUUCCUUAACGAAUAAAUAUAAUCUUUCAAGUGGCAAAUAAGUGGAUCACAAAGGAGUGAGAAAAAUCAUUAAAUAUCAUCAAUAUAUUCCAGUCGCAGCGGCUGUCGAUGUAUGCGUGCCAGUCUGUCUGUAGGCUGUUUGUUGUAAACAACGGUGGUCAAACGGGAGAUGGAGAUGUGAAGAUACUGUGCUUCGAUGGAAACGGGUUCCAACUUUGACUGGCAGAUGAUAACGCUGUACAAAAACGACAGCCAGUCAUUCUCCGUGUCCUCAGCAAGAGGCAAGAGUGUUACAUGACUAAAUAACGCAAAUUGCGAAAAAAGGGGGUGUCAUUUAACUUUGCUAUCGUGCGGAAGAAUGUAGUGACCAAAGUGCAUUCAACAACUAUAUAGGCAAGUUGAUACGAUUUGCGGAAGUGCUGAUCUGGUGCUGUCCUGUUCAGUGUUCUACAAUUGUAAACAUAUUACCUUUUCUGGCUUCUUAAGCAAGAGGAAGGUUUGCAGUUCAAUUUUUUCAUUUGUGACUGCUCUCCCCAUGCAGUUGCCACCCCGAUUCAUGCUUCAAAGCUAAUCAAAUCCGAAACAAUGCACUUCUCCAUUCCGGAUACACAGGAGUUUGGCUCGGAUAACUCCGGCUCAUCGUUUACGGGCUUCAACAUACACAUCAACGGUAGCUUCCACUGUUGCCUCCGGUACAAGCAACUUCACAGCUUGCACGAACAGCUAAAGCGGUCACUGCCCACGCUGGUACUGCCAAGCUUUCCGCCCAAGAAGCUGCUGCCUUUGACACCGAGCCAGAUCGAACAGCGGAGAAUUAGCCUCGAGCGGUACAUUCAACUAGUCGGACAGGAUCCGGUGUUGUGCCGUUCCGAAUUGCUCCGAGCGUUUCUGCUCAAUGCCCAGCAGGAGUCAUCGUUCACGGAAUGCCGCGAAGCCAAUGUGGAUGUGUUCCUCACGAAUGGCUACCGGAUAGCGACCAAGGCCUUCACCACGGACUGCUCGAGCAAGGUGCUGGAAAAAGCAUGUGCCCUUGUUGAUCUGCCCAAAGAAUUUACGUACUACUUUUCGCUGUAUCUGAUGCGCAAAGAAACCAACGGAGAGAUUGCCAUUACCAAAAAGUUGAUGGACUUCGAAGCUCCUUUUAUUUCCCAAAAGCAGUGGGAAGACUGCAAGAUUGUGAUACGAACUAGCUACUGGGACACUAGCUACGAUCUGGAGCUGCUGCGGGAUAGAAUCGCGUUGAAUCUACUCUACAUACAGGCCUUGAGCGACGUGGAACGUGGUUGGAUUAUCACCACUCGUGAUUUGAGUGAGCAGCUGACGGAUCUACAGGCACGAGGGAACAAACGAGAGUACUUGGAGAUCGUGCGAAAGCUCCCGCUGUAUGGUUGCUUGCAGUUUCCGCGGGUGUGCGUAGAUUACCCACAGCAGAACACGAUGGCAACCGUCAUCAUUGGCAAUAGAGAGCUAAACAUGCUGACCCACUGCGGAAAGAAGAUACAGGAAACCAAAUUCAAAGUGACGAGAAUUCGCUGCUGGCGGGUAACAACGAUUCAUAGUAAUGAGGAAAUAUCAUCAAAUUCCUCGUCCGAAAGCCGGGAAGGUUCGGGUAACUUGGAGCUCUCAUUCGAAUACUUGAUGGCGAAGAAUCAGCUCAAAUGGAUCACGAUUUACAGUGAACAGUCGAUGCUUAUGUCCGUGUGCCUUCAGUCGAUCGUAGAUGAACUGCUCAAUCAGAAGAACGGGUCUGAUAUCAACAAUAUACAGACUCAUCAGGCGGAGUUUGCUCCUCUUUCCUACAUCAGACGGGAUGGUUCCAACUACUACAUCACCGAUUCCAGCUCAACCGACACUCUCAGUAGCAUUAGCGACAGUAACAGUACAACGAAUCAAACUAACGGCAGCAGCCACAAUGGUACCUCGUUUAUCCGACGCAAGCUGAAGGAGUUCAACACGACAGUUCGUUUCAAAUCCGGCAAAGAUUCGGUUCACAACGAAGCGUUCGAAUGGAUUGGCGAUGAUGAUUUGUAAAUAUUAGUUAACGCCCUCUUUAUAAUGCUAUGUAUCGUGAUUAAGUGCUGGAUGUACGCCAAUUGUUUUCGUUUGUCGAGAAAAAGUCUUUUUGGGGGUCUCAAAGCGAGAGAACAAGUUUCAUGAAAAACAGACCUCCUAGCACUAAUUUCAGGUUAGCAAAAGCCAUAUAUCUUUAAACACACUCGCUGCUAUGAAAGUCAAUCUACAAACGAAUUUAGCACGUACGGAAGCACUGCAUUUUUGCCGUACCAUAAAAAAUAUAUUGUAACACUGUACAUUUUUCUACAAGCGUAUUUUGUUUUGUAAACUAUAUAUUAGAGCUUAAGUUGUUCUGUAUGCUUCCUCAUAUGAUAAACUAUAGGGUCGUAUUUUAACAGUCACCCCAAUCACCAAAGCUAUUCCUUACUAGAGCCAUUUGCCUCUCACGAAGUGAGGUGACUGUAACAAUGGGGCCCUUAAUUGUGUAUACCAAAAGUUGUUUAGCAAUAAAAAAUCAAUUCUUCAUCGCAAAUGCAAAAAAAGGUAUGAAUGUCAAGUCUUCCAGUGGAUAAAAACAAUAGAAUUAGUUAAAGCGUCCAGCAAAUCAGGAAAUCGAUGAGCACAGAUAAGCAGAUGAUAAACUCCACAUCAUGCUUUCAUUAAAGGUUGAGUUUCUUUGAUUGAUAGGAACUUUGUCAGCUGUAGCGUGUUGGGUAAAAAUUCCAACGCUGAUAACUGUUUAAAUUCAACAGGACUUCCAUUCAUUCGUGUAUCCUGUAUAGCAUAGAAUUUUUAUGGGAAAGAUAUUGCAUGACAUGUUUGGUGAAAUACAUAAGUUAUUUGAACAUAAACUUCGAAAAAAUUGUUAUCUAAAUUCUCUUUACGUACCUCCAUGGCAAUCGACCGUUUCGAAUCCUGUGUCAGAUUUAACCUCAAAUACCGCUUCACACUUUUGCCUUCCACUCGUCGAUUGCCGGGCGGUGUUGAACGUUGAAUGUCCUGUUGAAGAGAAACUUUCUGAAAAUGAAAGUUGCAGUUUUCUACGGUCAUAAAAUUUAGGUUAUUUCAAUUCAUAUAAAUGGUGUUUUAGUAUUACCAAGUUCCCUCGACAGCGAUUAUCCUAACGGUAUUACGUCUGUUUAUCUAUGCAUUGAUCAUCGAAAGCCAAGGCGUUUUUGUUUAAGUUUAGCUGUUUGCAAUUUUGUGCCACUCCCACAGUAAUACUACUCAAUACUAUGAUUAUAAACUCAAUGAAUAAACAAUACUCGACAUUAGUACAGGAACCGAAUCAGUUCAGAACUACAAACACAAUCCUAGGUUGCACCUUUCAUCGUUAAAAUAAUCAAUCGUGGGCUACUGCGAUCACUGGUAGAACAUGAAAUAAGGAGCACCAAAUAAACCUUCAACAGAAUGGCACGAGUGACGGGCAAUGGCCGUAAUGAUGGUCUAUAUGAGAAAUAACUGAAUCACACUGAAGUAUAAAAUAAAGUCCAAUUGGGAAUAAUUUCCGAUAA